AUGUCUCAUCCUCAAACUUCUGAGAGCUCCCUUUGGGAGCCGGUUCCACUUACUGAGGAUGGUGAUCAUUUAGUUCUCACCACUGAACUGAUAAAUUUGCUGCCCCAUUUUUGUGGACUUGCGAAUGAAUGCCCACAUACGCAUUUGGAGAACUUCUAUGAAAUUUGCUGUUUUAUGAAACCUCCAAAUGUCCCAGAUGAUCACAUUUUCUUGAAAGUAUUUCCGCAUUCAUUACAAGGAGCAGCUAAGGAUUGGAAAAACUCUCUUCCUCUAGGAUCCGUUACCGAUUGGGGAUAUCUUGAGCAUCAAUUUCUGAGCAACUUCUCCCUUGUGCAGUAUGGUUACAACAACAAUCCUGGAUGGAAUGACAUGAGUUUGGGAUGGUACGAUGCUCCACAGAAAUAUCAGGAAGCACCAUCUCAGGAUACUUUUAUCCCUCCGCCAAUCCCGCAAUACGAGAGUCAGCAGUAUGAUGCUCCUACUCAAAUAGCUCCUCAGCCUUCUACUUCUGAACCUGCAAUGAAGGAGUUAUUGGAGCAGAGAAUCAUGCAGAGCAUUCAGUUUAAGCGAGAAAUCAUGGAGCUGCAACAAAAGACACAAGCUAUCAUUGAGAGUUCGAAUAAUCAGAUAGGGCAGAUGGCUACUCAACUCACUGAGGAACAGUCUCAAAAUUCAGAGAGACCAUUUCAGACUGUCCAGAUUCUAGAUGAUGAUGACAGUGCCAUCGAUAUAGGGGAUGAGGAGCAGAGUUAUGAGCUUACUACUGUGCAACCUACUUUCCCACCUUCAGAUGUCCCUACUCUCGCACCUGAGGAGACUGAUAAAAAUCAUGAGGGACAGGAAGAUAUGAGAAACACUUUUGAGCCAGGUAGAUCACCUUCAUCUUCCCACACUUUAGCAAUCUUCAAGGAAGUGGAGGUAAGCAUACCACAAAUUGACUAUUUUGUUGAUUGUACUAUUGAUUGGUAUGCUGAUAAUUGUAUUGUUACUGAGCAUAAUUUUUAAUUCUCCCUCUGAACAUGAAUCUGAGCCUAUUAUUGAUAUUGAUUCUACAUUUGAAAUUGAUUCAUGUUCUUAGGAUAUAUUUGAGGUUCAGCCUAUUACAUUGGGAUUGGGUGUUAUACCCCUGCAUGAAAUUUCUGUAGUGCCACAUUGCACUAACCAUGUUGCAGGAGGUACGUAUAACCUUGAUGAGCAGACACCCACAAUUGAAGACAAAGGUGCGAGCACCUAAAACUGUUUCAACAACAACAGGCACCUGCUGAACCGGCUCAUCAACAAUUUCUGCUUUGAUCCAGCUGUGGAAAACAUUUCACUGCUAGAUCAGAUUUGGAGGAUGAAGCAGUUCGUCCUCAAAACGUCCAGGCUGGAAUCUAAGUUGGAAGACAUCUCCCUGAUGAUCCAAAAUUGGCAGCUUCCACCAUAACCUACGGGAGGAAAUUUUGGACAACAUUUUGGGACAUUUGGAAACAUCUCACUUCUUACAAUUUGGAAGAAAGAAAAUUGGUUUGGAAACCAUGCCAAUACACACGGCCAUUCACGGUUUGAAGCAGAAAAGGACUUGGCCUUGGUGACUCAUUUUCACGUGUAAAACAAUACACAUGCCAUUCAUUUUGGUGAGCAUCACAUAAGAAAAGGGGGCACACAUGAAUUCCAAAAGAUUCACAACAAACAACAAACAAAUGGAGAGUCUUCUUUCUUUUAGUGGGAGACAACAUAAUAAAAGGUAGGGGCCACUAACAUUUGUUGAAGGAAGACUACAUGGAGCACAUCACACGGCCAAAGCCACAUAUGUUACAUGUUAUAUUUUAUUGAAUUGAAAGAUGAAGCUUGAUUA